AUGCAAGGCCCUAAUAUUUUCGAAGAUACUACCCGAAUUCCAACCAAACCAUCAGUCUUGCGAUCGAUUUUGUUAUCCAAAGCUCAUAAGAGAACCCAUUCUGCGGACGAAGUUAUCCCCUCGAAGGCUUCUCACACAGGCCACCCUUCGGGCAGCCCAUUCGUUUCUCCAGAAGACCAGUCCUAUGCUACUUUGAACCAGCAACCAUUGACAGAAAUCAUUCCUAACUGUGAUGGUGCCAACGCUGGCUCUCAGAAAUCACCGGCCAAAAGCGAGAAGACGGGCCUGCAUAAGAAGACGAAAAGUGCUGUGUCGCUGAAGUCAUUAAAGAGCUAUAUGGAACGCAAGGACAAUAAAACAGAGGAGCGGCUGGAAGAUGAAUCUGCAGACUUCAAGCCCAAAAAGGCCAAGUCUACCAACAGCCUCACUGCCAUAUUGAAGCGGUCCCAGCGGGGACGAAAAGCAGAUAGCAACAAGAGUAUGCGGGAUAAGGAAAACCAGAGUCCUACAGACUUGAUGGACAGCAUGCCUUCGCCGACCUGGAGUCAAUUCACAACAGGUUCGUUCCACAAGCAGGCGGAUGGAUCAAGCUCUCCAAACAGGCGUAGGACCUUUCAGGAAGAGGUCUCACUAUACACGCCUAAGGGAUAUGGACCGGCACAACAGCGUAAUUUCUACGAUUAUCACCAGCCGUCUCUGACAACCCGCACAAGUGGAAAGCCUCGCCCAAAAUCUGACUUCAUUGCAGCGAACCGUAAGGUGAAGGACUUUUUCGCACUGCCUCCGAAUCUCUCCAUUGAGAGAGCAGCACCAAUUGAUCAACUGAAUUCUAUCCCAUCCGAGGGACGCGGACGAUCUCGCGCGCUAUCAGGACCUGGCUCUCGACCGGUGACGGAACAGAAGCCAGAACAAAAUCCUAAAAGAAUUUCUCGUGUCCAGGCGGCAAUCUCGGCCUUCAAUGCGAAAGAACAAGAGGCUGAGCUGCAAAGAAAACUCAACGCGAAAGACCUCGAGAGCGAGUUUGAAAAGCUUCUGGACGCAAGAAACAUCCCCCACAAUAUGAGAGACAAGAUGAGGUCUUUGGAUACUAAUAUAAAGGCCGACUUUAUCCAAAAAGACAAAGCAGAAAACAGUACACCACACAGCGCGAGUACCAGUGUAUACACCAACGACAGUACGGGCCGCCGAGGGCGCAGAAAAGAACAGAAAGAAGACCGACAAGACCAGGACGCCAAAGGGUCUCGAUCCCGCUCCAGAAGCCGUGGAUUCUCGUUUUCCAAGGGUAGUUUAUCACCGACCAAGAAGCAGCGGCCAGAGAGUUUUAGUUCUCAUCGGCGGCCGAAGUCUGCCGAUUUCUCGCAUCCUACGUCACUCUCUAAGAUCCUGACCCCAACAGGUUCCACGACCUCUCUUUCUGCGACGGCCUGUCGGGAUACUGCUGCUGACCCAUCGGAUUUUGUUCACUACUUAAAAGAAAUCCAGAAACCAGAAAUGGUAGAGGUAGGCAAAGUGCAUAAGCUUCGAAUCCUUCUGCGAAAUGAGACGGUCAGCUGGGUUGAUACCUUCAUUGCGGAUGGUGGCAUGGACGAAAUCGUGCAGUUACUGUAUCGGAUCAUGAAGGUGGAGUGGAGGGAGGACCAUGAAGACAGUCUGCUUCAUGAGACAUUGCUGUGCUUGAAGGCGCUCUGUACCACAUCCGUUGCACUUCAACUCCUGACGAAGAUCGAAGGAGAGCUCUUUCCGGCACUCUUAAAAAUGCUAUUCGAUGAAGAAAAGAAAGGACCAAGCGAGUUUACCACUCGUGGUAUCAUCAUCAAUCUUAUUUUCACCCAACUUUCGUCGGCAGUUUCGUCUCAGGAUGCGGCGGCUCGGGCCAUUCGAAUUCUCUCCUACUUACGAGACCCUACCCCCCCGGAAGAAAACCAGCCACUGGCAUUUAUAGCGAACAUAUAUCAAACACGACCGUACCGAGUUUGGUGCAAAGAAGUCACCAAUGUGACUAAAGAAGUGUUUUGGAUCUUCCUACACCAUCUGAAUGUGGUUCCAAUUGUGCAUGCCGAUCCAGCCUUAAAGAGCUUUCGAGACCGGCAUUUCCCCACUCCCCGGCCUCCCGUCCCUGCUGCUCCUUACGUUGGUGGGGUGGAGUGGGAUGCUACCAACUAUUUGGCUGCGCACGUGGAUCUGUUGAACGGCCUUGUUGCGUCCCUGCCAACUGGCGAGGAACGCAAUCAGCUUCGCGCCGAACUUCGAGCCUCCGGGUUUGAGAAAGUCAUGGGUGGCAGUUUGCGGACGUGCAAGGAGAAGUUUUAUGCCUCUGUGCAUGAUUGCCUACGCACAUGGGUGGCCGCUGCCGUCGAAGAUGACUGGCCAUACCUAGCGGUCCGCGAAGGGCCGCCUCGACCUGUGCUUGGCUCGCCGACUAAAUCACCGGUCAGAGUGGCUGGGGGGAGCCCCCACAAAGGCCUUGUAGAUGAAAAGCCUCCCAAAUUGGAACUGGCGUUGGAUCUCCCAGCUAACAACCGAUUGUCGUCGAAGAAUGACCCGAUUGAUAACUGGGUCUAG